UCUUCAUUGUUCUUCUCAUUGUCUAAGCCCGCAAAUUACCAAUAUUUCCUUCCGCAAUUAAGCUUCUAAAUAUCUCGCAUUUGCAUUCAUGGCCACUCAAACACCCUCUUCAUCUACUAAUUCCGAAGAUGCUAAGAAAAGAAAAAGAGACAAUUCAUCUUGUUCGGAAGAAGAUGAAAAAAUCAUAACCUCUUCCUCACCUUCUUCCUCGACGCCUCGAUGUAAACAUGAUGUUUUCCUUAGUUUCUGUGGCAAAGACACUCGUAGAAGUUUUACGGAUCAUCUCUAUUUUGAUUUAAAACGGAAAGGUAUUCUCGUCUUUAGGGAUGACGAAUCACUGGAGCGAGGAAAAUGCAUUUCUCAAGAGCUUCCGCAAGCAAUUCAAGAAUCCCAAUACGCCAUCGUCAUUUUUUCGGCAAAUUAUGCUUCUUCCAAAUGGUGCCUCAGGGAACUUGCCGAGAUCGUUGAAUGGGAGGAAAAGAAGAAUCUCAAAAUUAUUCCUAUUUUCUAUCAUGUGAAUCCUUCAGAUGUAAGAAAUAAAAGAGGGAAUUUUGCAGAAGCUUUCGCUGCACAUGAAAAAGAUCUCAAGGUAGACAUCAAAGAGAUUGAUACGUGGAGAAAUGCCUGCAGAAAAGUCGGUAAUAUUUCCGGAGAGCACAUAAAUGCGAACAGGAACGAGUCAACAAUUAUACAACAAAUCAGUGGAAUGAUAUUCUACAAUUAUACAAUGCUAAAUAUUCUAUUUCAUUAUGAUGGCCAGAAACUUGUUGGAAUAAACUCCCGUGUAGAGAAUAUGAUCAACUUAUUGGAUAUGGAAUCGAAUGAUGUUCGCUUCUUAGGAAUUCAUGGGAUGGGUGGCGUUGGUAAAACAACGCUGGCCGAAAUAAUUUAUUAUAGAGUUUCUUGUCAAUUCGAAGGAAGCAGCUUUAUUUCUUGUAUUAGAGAAAGAUCUACUACUACUCCUGAUCUAGCUUCUUUACAAAAACAACUGCUUUCUAUGAUCAUGCAACAAGAAAUACAUAUAUGGGAUUAUCGCGAGGGAAUCAUGUUGAUGAGCACCAGGUUGCGGAAUAAAAAGGUUCUUAUCAUUCUUGAUGAUGUGGAUUGUGAAAAGCAGCUGACGGCAUUAGCAGGGAAUCAGAAAUGGUUUGGUCCAGGGAGUAGGGUUAUUAUAACAUGCAGAGAUAGUCAUACGUUGAUAACACAUGGUGUGAAUGAUACCUAUAAGGUUGUGCUGCUUCCAACUGCCGAUGCUUUGCAGCUAUUUAGUUUGUCAGCCUUCGACAAAACCAAUCCUCCAGAGAAUUACAAGGAUCUAUCUAUGGAUUUUGUGAGUUAUGCUGGAGGCCUUCCUUUAGCUCUUAAAGUUUUGGGUCGCUUCUUAUUUGGGAGAACAAUAGAUUUAUGGAAAAGUGCUAGGGAUAAAUUGGAAGCGAUUUCUAAAACUGAAAUUUUUGAUAUUCUUAAAAUAAGUUUUGAUGGGCUGGAGGAAUCGCAGAAAAAAUUGUUUUUGGAUCUGGCAUGUUUUUGUUACAUAAGGUUUUCUGAGGAAAGAUAUCUAGCCAUCGACUUUGAGGUUCUCGUCGACAGGUCUCUUGUAAGCCCCAUGCAUGAUUUGCUAAAAAAAAUGGGGCAGGAAAUAGUUCGCCGCGAAGAUCCUGAAGAACCUGGACGACGUAGUAGGCUGUGUCGUAAGGAGGAUGUCUUUCACGUGCUACAGAAAGAUACUGGAACUGAUGCAAUUGAAAGCAUAUACCUCCAUUUUGUUCUUCGUGAUGAAGCGAAACAUAGAUUCAAUAUGAACGCCAAAGCAUUCUCAAAGAUGAGAAAAUUGAGAUUUCUUAGUUUCGAAUUGAGAUUUCUUCGUUUCGAGCAUUUUCAAUCAUAUAUAAACUGGCGUGGAAAUCCUUUAAAAUACAUGCCAAGCGAUAAGUUGCAAUUCCUAAACUGGCAUAAUUGUCCUCCGAAAUCCUGGCCGAGCAGUUUCCAACCAAAAGGUCUUGUUGUACUAAGGAUGCCUCGCAGCAGCUUCAAACGACUGUGGAAGGGAUUGAUGAUUUUAGACAAUUUGAAGAUCUUAGAUUUGAAUUGUUCUUAUAGCUUGAUUGAAACACCAGAUUUGAGUGGAGCCCCAAAACUUGAGGAAAUAAACCUGACAAACUGUUCAAGCUUGUGUGAGGUCCACCCAUCCAUCGGAACUCUCAGACGACUACAAGUAAUAGAAAUGCCUUGCACCGGAAUCAAACAACUAUGGAAGGGGAUGUUGGUAGUUUUAGACAAUUUGAAGCAAUUAGAUCUGAGUGGUUGUGACGACUUGAUUGAAAUACCAGAUUUGAGUAGAGCUUUAAAUCUUGAGAUAAUAAAUUUUUCAGAUUGUGAAAGCUUGUGUAAGGUCCACCAAUCCAUCGGAUUUCUCAAACGACUAAAACAUUUGAGUUUAGAUGGAUGUUCAAGACUUGGGAAUUUCCUGAAUAUUAUGGGAGAUAUGAUAUCUCAAGAGAUAUCUCUAAAGAGCUUGAGGUUACCAUCAUCGGAAGUCUCAAUUUUUCCGAGUGUUAUUUAUAGUUUUUCAUCUCUUGAAAUUCUCUGGUUGGAUGGUUGGCCAAGCCUUGAGAAAUUUCCAGACCUGAGUAGGUUGAAAAGCUUGAAGGAAUUUCAGGCAUACGAAACUGCUAUAACACAAAUACCAUCUGUCAAUCUACUCCCCAAGAGCAUCGGUUCCUUUGAACUCGAAGGAGAAAAGAGGAUGCCCCGUGAAUCAAGAGAUUUGGUUAUGUUCAUUAAUGACUGCUCUUUGCCGAAACAAAGCUCAUAUCCCACCAAUCGUGAUAUCGGAUCACCUGUAGAAUAUGAGACGGAACGGGUGCAUAUUCGAUAUGACGAUGAUGGCUUAGGGGUGUCGAUAACAAGGUGUUCAUUGGGAUCUACAAUCCCGGAGUGGGUCCACAAUAAAAGUAAUGGCUCCUCUCUCUUUUUUGACAUGUGUAAUGGCUCCUCUCUAAAGAUAGAGUCGGUUGGUGAUACAGAGUCGGAUGGUGAUACGAUGUCGGAUGGUGACACAGAGUCGGAUGGUGAUACGAUGUCGGUGAUGGGGAUUGCUAUCUUUAUUGUUUGUCAAUUCCAUUUAAUUCCUCCAGUUGAUUUCAGGGGAUAUGAAAGGGUGGCGUUUCCAAUUUGUUUGGAUGACGGUACUCCAGAAAAACCUUUUUGCAAAUUUUUGUUUGCACUUUCCACGGACGUCAUUUUGGAUAAGCAAAUUGUAUUAUGGCAGUAUUUAUGGGAUCCGGUAGAUUUGGAAAGUUGGAAAUUGAAGAGUCUGGAUAAACGGAAGAUUUCCACUAUAGCAAAAUUUGAGCAGUUCGCCGAUCAAACUUCAUUUAUGGGAGUAGAAGUGAAAGAAUGGGGAUUGCAUUUAGUAUGUCCGGAUGAUCAUGGUGCUCUUGGUUUGGGAUCAGAUUUAGAUUCCUUAGUCAAUUUUCUUAAUUUACCAUCGGAAAUGCGACAUGAUGAGAAAUGAAGAUUAGAUUCAUCAAGAGUACCUCUUUAAAGCUUAGUCCUUUUGAGUAAUGGCUUGGCAUUUUUUAUUUUGGGAAUAAAAGAUGAUCACCAUUUUGUACCUGAAAUCUCUCAAUUCCAUUGACGAUGUCGAAGUGAUCAUAAAAUCUCAGAUUGAUUAAGGCAAUGCAGACAAUCACCCAACCAGCUUUUCUUCUUUGUCAUGUUUCUGUGAUCAUCAGGGAAACUUCAACUGCCAAAACGUGGGACAAUACUUGACAUGGAAUUGCUGCAUGAUGCGAAAUGAAGAUUCGAUUCAGCAGGAGUCCUUUAUAAAAGUUACCUUUUUGAGUUUUGAGUAUUGGCUUUGGUAUUGUUUCUUGGGAAUAGAAGAUGUUAACCAUUUUGUUUACAAGUUAUGAGUCAAAUUUCCAUUUGGUUUGUUUUAACUUGCCUCAUUUAAGCACCAGGAGUAAUAAGUUAAUUAGGGGAGCCAAAAUAUAUUAUUAUAUAAGAGAUUGUUUUCUUUUGAGAGAUUCAGAAUUUCUCAUGUAUAUGAAUUGUUUAAUUUUCCUAUUAAUCAAUUCCAAUUCUGCA